UUGCAUUCUUCAUAAAAUGAUAAAACUGGUUUUCGUGGUCCCCUCUGGUGUCGUGAAUUUCGGAGGCUUCCAUGUCAUCCAUAUAAAGCUGUGGUGUCUUCCACGAAGGUCAUUUCUUGUAGUGAUCUGUUGGAAUGAAGAGCAUACUCUAUCUUGUGCGACUGGUUACGUUUGUUUGCGUGUUAUGCGCUUGCGAUGUUUCCUGCAAAUAUUUUAUGCCAUAUGAGAGAACAUCUAUUGACGAUUGCAAUUUACGAUACAUCCUUCCACCUCCAUCUAAAUCUUCGGCUACGGCAAUUGGAAAUCCCAGCAAACCCGGAGAAUUUUCUGCGAUUGCAGCUAUUGGCUGGACACAACCAGAUGGUACAGUCAACUGGAACUGUGGAGGAUCACUGAUAUGGGCAAAUUUCAUUCUCACAGCAGCACAUUGUACUGAAGAUCGUGACACUUUACUUCCACCAGAUAUAAUUCGAAUAGGCGAUCUAAAUCUCUAUGACGAUCGAGAGGAUGCAUUAGUGCAGGAACGAACAAUUACACGCGUAAUACGUCACCCGCUCUACAAUACUUCUUCGGUUUUUUAUGACAUUGCACUGCUGAUGCUGAAUGAAAAAGUCAAUCUAUAUUUUGAAGCUAUGCCAACGUGUUUGUGGUUGGACGACAAUAUACCGUUCUCAAAGGUCGAAGCUGCUGGAUGGGGUACUAGCGGGUUUGGAUAUGGUAAAACAAACAUUCUCAUAAAAGCAGAGCUGAACCUAAUGGCAAACAAAGAUUGUGAGCCAUAUUAUAGUCAAGUAGCUUCGGUAAAAAAUGGUCUGAUGGAUCACCAGCUCUGUGCCUGGGAUAAAGUAAUGGACACAUGCCCGGGAGAUUCCGGAGGACCGCUACAGCACAAACUAAUCUUUGGAGACUAUAAAGUUCCGUUUCUGGUCGGCGUAACAUCGUUUGGUUUGUCGUGUGGAAAUUCUCAACCAGGUGUGUACGUAAAGGUGUCCAAGUUUGGAAGUUGGAUUGUUGAAACACUACAGCAACAUGGAGAACGAGUGAAUGCCGCCAUGUUUGAGCCCCUGGCUUGUGCUGGUAGGCACUUAUAUGGUCGUGAAAGAUAUAAACCAUCGAAAUUUGACAUACAGCCUCACAAUGUGCAACUCAUAUGGCCGAAACAGCCAUCUCCCGAAAAAUGUUCUGGUCUGCUUACUGAGCCAGAUGCUGUCCUCACGACGGCUCAAUGCGUCACAUUAUACGGAACCGCUCCUACCCAUGUGAAAUUGGGCGGAUCGGAGGUCAUCGGUAUCGAGGAAAUUGUUGUGCAUAAAAACUACACAGGCAACCUGUUGUACAAUAAUAUUGCCAUUUUAAAACUUGAAAGGUCUUCCCUCCAUCGUCCGGAUUGUAUAGAAUACGAUAUGCAUCCGUUUGAUGAAAAUAAAAUAAUUGCAACUGGAAUCCUUCCAAAAAUAAACUACUUCAAUGAUAAAGAAAAACCGGCUGAUAUUUACUAUGAGCCGGUUGAAAUCAAUGUUUUGUUGUACGAAAACAAGAAAUGCAAUCUAUCCAGCGAACUCCAAAACGAACAUUAUUGUUUCGGCGUAGACGAGUUUAUUGUACCAGGAUCGUGUGAUCUUUUACUGGGUGGACCAAUUGAGGCUCCAGGAUUAAAAGGAAUGAAUAUUUUCGGGAAUGAUUGUGGAUUUGGAAAACCGGCAGUGGCGUUGAAUUUAGGAUCUCACAAGUCAUGGCUCGAGUCAGUCAUUCUACCAACGAAAAGUGUACGAGAUAAAUCUGUAAAUGCUGAUGUGCUGUCGUACCACGAUGAAGAUCUGGAACACGGAUCUCAAUGUAGCUAUUCCAACGAGGCGAACGGUACAUGUGUGCAUAUUGGCAACUGCUCAUCUAUAAUCGAUAUAGAAAACGCCCAGAAACGAGUUAUAUUCUGUAAAAGUAGCUCAGUUGUCUGCUGUCCGACCAAUCUGUUGAAAAGUCAGCCAAGUGCAAUAGAGGCCGAAUUUAGCGAGUGUGAAUCACGAUACAAAAGCCUCAGCAAGUUACGGAUGGAAAAAAUAGGAACUGAUAGGUCACUUCAAUAUUCACACACGGUUGGGAUAGGUUGGGAAACCGAAACCGAUGUGAAAUUCGAGUGCUACGGAUAUCUCAUCAGUACUCGCGGUGUUGUUACGGCUGCUUCUUGUUUGCGGCUUCGAUCUACCAAUCCCACAAUCGUACGUCUCGGAGAACAGGGAUGGACUAAUCGUCACCUCAUAUUUGGACUGAUCGAAGCUAUAACCGUGCAUCCGAGGUACAACGAAACGACUGGAGAGCAUGAUAUCGCUGUGAUAAAGCUGAAGGAAGCUAUCCAUCCUUUCGUCCAUCUGUUUCCAGCGUGUUUGUGGCAGAAUACAACCCACUCUCCAGUACAUCAAGCCAUUAUGCAUAGUGCCUCUGGUGUGAUUAUGCCCAUUCAUCCGAUGUACAAAUCGGACUGUGAAAAGCGUUUAAAUCGUUCGUUUACAAUUCCCGGAAUGGGUUGUAUGCAUACGGAGCAUGAAUCGUUGAUAGUAUACGAUAAAAAAGAAUGCUUAAACAUGCAAAAGUAUAAAAAUCUUGAUCGUAACACUUACGGGCGCUUCAAAGCAGGAAAUCCUGUAAUAUGGCGAGAAUAUAACAAAACUGGCGAAGCGAGCUUUACUGAGUUUUUGGUCAACAUCUACAACUAUGGAGACUGUGUUGAUGGAUUUCCGUUACACAUUGUGCAUCAUGUUGCAUUCUACGUGGAGUGGUUCACGAAAGUGUUGCAAUAAUUCGAUAGUAAAAUAAUUUGGUUCGAGCUCUCAGGAUCAAUUUCUCUUUCGGUUAUCAAUAUGUAUUGUGCUCAUCUAUCCUAAACAUUGCAAAGUGCUUCAAAUUCUCCGGAGCGUUCCAUUGAAAUUAAGAUUCCAACAUUUGACGCUGACAUCGAAUUUUUAUGCUGUAUCAGAUACAUGUUUUCUAAUGGCCUAUGGUUGUUUUUGUAGGGUUUCGUCAGUGGCUCUUUUAACCUGUCGCGGCACACGCAGACAUCAUCCGGUAGAGAAAACUGAUCGCGCAGGCGGCAUCUUAGUAAAGGAAAACGUAAAGAAUUGAAUGAAAGCUUAUACUUAAAAUGUUAAGGGUGUUUUAUUGUAACUGCGUUACAGUACAGUAUUUAUUCUAUGAAUCGUAAACCAACUAUGGACUGUACAACGAAAAUCACUAUAAGAUUCAAAUACAUUCUUCAUAGUAUUGCGAGUAGUUUCGCCCUAAAUCGUAACCGUAAACGAAUGAUUUCUACUUUUGGUGUGUAGCACUUUGACGGCCGCGCAAACCACCGGUGGUGUGAUGGAUUUUUUCACUUCUCGUAGGUUAUUGAAUUGAGCGCUGUUCAAUAGUUAACGGCAAAUUAGCUAACGGUACUGCUACCGUAAAUAGAAUGGUACAGCUAGACCCUAAACAAAUUACUCGGAACAGGAGAAAACAGAAAUUACGAACGAUAGAUGACAGGCAAUAGCAAAGCACCAUCAAAACGAGUCGGCGAUACAUGCACUGUUAAGAAGAAUUACGGCACUUUACAAUGAAACGAGAGCGAAUCGUGUGCCCAUUAAAGUGUUAAUUACUACAAAAAAAAAAAAAAAAAAACACCGAUGGCACUCCGAGCCAUCACAUCUGCACACCUCGAAAUCAGAAACGCGAAUGAGGCAAAAUAGAUCCACGAUCGCUCUGCACAUCCAGCUGAUAACCUGUUUAGCCGGCGUAACCUUGACGUAAAGUUUAGAAACAGGUUUUUAGUUAAGGUGAUGGGUAGGUAGUAGGUUUAAAACACGCUUCAGAUGGGAUCAUUCUGGGGGAUUCCCCCAAACUUUUGGCGAUGAGAAUCAUUGACAUUGAUCGUUGAUCAUUGACUGUGCUUGUGUCGCGGUUUGGAUAGCACCUGGAUCACCAAAGGAGAUUGGCAGAUUUUAUAGACACGCUGUGAGAGUCUUUUCCGGGUAUCUAACCACAGGGUAUCCAUUGAGAGUCAACAAAUGUAAACCAAAUCAAUCAAUCUUUUCUCUAUUGCACUCUCGCUUUCUCGCUCACUCUCUUCCUUCUCUCUUAUAAUUAGGCUGAUUGCUCCCUCUUUAUCUCUCUCUAUUUUGCUCUCUCACUCUCUCACUCUCUAAUUUCUAUCUGUAUUUCUCGGUAUCUUUGAUUGUUGUUACUUGUUCCGAUUGUUGAGCUGCGUACGUUUUCAGAGUUUUUAUUUUGCCAAUGAUACUGCUGUGCUACUUUGGCCAUUUCAUUCGUUUAUUCAUUCACUCGAAUUGAUUAAAGCACUCAUGCAUACUACACGCUUGAUCUUCGCUUUUACUUUCAGCCGAUUCAUUCAAUCAACAACAGCUUGCAGGCACUUGUUGUUUGUUGACAAAGCACGAUGAAAGAGUACCGCGACACCGUAGUAAAACUGUUAAACAAAAGGUGAGCAACCUAGUGACAUAUUCCGGUGGUUGAAACAACAUGGGGUUAAGCGGAAUUUCACUUAUACCACCAUUCAUCGGUACCGGGAGACGGACCCGACCAAUGACCAUGUGAGAUCCGGGCGACCGCAUUUGGCAAGAACACCAGCAGCCAUCAAAGUCGUGAGGGAAAGAUUUCGCCGAAAAAUGAACCGCUCGAUCCGGAAGACCACUGCUGGCCUGCAUGUGACGAUCGGGACUGCUCAAACCAUCAUUGCGAAGGACCUAGGAUGCAAGCCGUAUUGCGAAGGACCUA